AUGUUUCGUUUGACUGUUUUCUUCUUGGGAUUCUUGGCGGCUACUUGCUCUGGAGCAAGUCAAUUGGAUUGUCCAGAUCUCUACGAUAUUUUCAUCUACGAUUUGUGCUAUCGAAUUUACACAACACCUGCCAAUUAUACCGAAGCCAAGGAUAACUGCAACAUUCACAAUCGACCAUUGGCUGUUCUUCAUAAUGGAUAUCAAGGAAGCUAUCUUGCAUGUAAGUGUUUUUUGGCAUACGGUAGAUCUUCAAAACUUAUAAAUGCAGAAAACCCUUUUUUCAGCGUAUGUCAACGCUCAAACUGGUGUCAACAAUGGUGCAUUCUGGAUUGGUCUCCAACGAGCUUCAAACACUUCUAAAUUUUAUUGGGAUGAUGGAAGUGCAAUGCAUUGGAACUUCUGGAACUUCGGAUAUCCAAAUGGUUUCAAUCAAGUCGGUGUUAGCACUUUGAAUCGUCGUUGGAUGACUUUGGAUGAAUCCGAGAAACAUGUUUAUGCAUGCAGUUAUGAUCCAAGCCAAAAACCAAUCACUACAGUUUCUACCACACUUGAGACCACCACAACACCUUCCACACCAGCACCAACAACUUCAACAGUUGUACCAACUGCUGCACCAACUAAUGCACCAACAACUGUUGUUCAAGCUGAAACCACUUCUGCUUAA